AUGAAAGUCUGGGGAGCGUUCCUGUUCUGCGGUCCUCAGAGAGUGAGCUCAAACCUGAGCAGUCAUGCUCAUGAGUACCCAGACUGCCAAGAAGGGGGUAAUGAAGCCAGCCUGCUGGUGUCCCCUCUGGUGGUGGCUGGCAUCGUCAUCGGCCUGGUGCUCUUCCUCUCCUGCGUCACCAUCAUUGUGGGCAGUCUGCGCAAAGACAGCCGCCUGCGCAACCCCCACCUGCAUGCCAGCUACGUGAGCUCAAACCUGAGCAGUCAUGCUCAUGAGUACCCAGACUGCCAAGAAGGGGGUAAUGAAGCCAGCCUGCUGGUGUCCCCUCUGGUGGUGGCUGGCAUCGUCAUCGGCCUGGUGCUCUUCCUCUCCUGCGUCACCAUCAUUGUGGGCAGUCUGCGCAAAGACAGCCGCCUGCGCAACCCCCACCUGCAUGCCAGCUACGUGAGCUCAAACCUGAGCAGUCAUGCUCAUGAGUACCCAGACUGCCAAGAAGGGGGUAAUGAAGCCAGCCUGCUGGUGUCCCCUCUGGUGGUGGCUGGCAUCGUCAUCGGCCUGGUGCUCUUCCUCUCCUGCGUCACCAUCAUUGUGGGCAGUCUGCGCAAAGACAGCCGCCUGCGCAACCCCCACCUGCAUGCCAGCUACGCUCCAGAUGGCCUCUCAUAUGGUGGCUCCAUUGGAGAGCUGAGGUCCACUUGUGUUGAGGACUUUCCCCCUGCAUUUGACUUUGACUCCUAUGUGGAGACGCUAUCUCAAGUCAACGUCAUGUACCCAGACUCCCCACCUCAUUAUGAUGAGUGUGUGGGACAAGGGACGCAGAUAUAUGUUCCUACGGACGAUCCGCCCCCCUACUCCCUCACAGACCCGUGCCGGGAGCAUCCCGCCCCACACCGUCACAGAGAGAUGGGGGAUCUGCUCGCUGGUGCAUCUUGGGUGUCAGCAAGUGGCUCUUCCCAUUACCCAACCAGACUACAGGACUUCAGGCACCAGCCAAUCGCCUCCAUCUCUUUGUCAGCCUUACCUUUAGAUGAGGCGCCCCCAUACGAGGCAGUAGUGAGUGAACAAAACCACCCUCUUCCCCUGAUGCCUCUGGAUCUGCUCAAACACACUACAGCAGACAGCAGUCCUCAGGACAGCGUUUCCCACAGGAUCCUGUAAUCCGGGCCUCUCCUGCACACUCAUACGUCACUGUACCAAACCAGCUUCGAGAGGGACUCUAUUGUGUGGCUGGGGUCUCCUGAGUCGAGAGCUGAAACUGACACAAUUCCCUCUCACUUCAGCCGACACGGACACUGCACCUCCUGUUUUCUGUGACACAGAGGGAGCCGCCAUGAGAGCACAGGGCUAUCGACCACUUUUUUGUGCGUCACCUCACCUUGUCUUUUGCUCAUGGUGUAAUUAGAUAUCAGUGUGUGUCUUCUUUUACUGCUAGACUGAUAGAUGAUUUCAAUUUCACAAGCACCAAUUUCAACAACCAUUGAAAUGUGCCCUUCUGGAUGUCAGAAAAGACAAUAAACCUGGGGCCGUAAUAGAGAAAUUUACUAGUGCUGUCA